AGUCGCCUUCGUUUUGGAGCAGCUGCAGCACAGGAGGCAUCAGCCGAUGAUCGGUAAGAUGCGAAAAGAGGGUCGCGAUGACCGCCGUCUCGUUUGACCGCUACGAGACAGUCUGGCUGAAGGAGGCCGAGAACGCCGCCGAGAACGCCGCCGUUGUCGGCGGGCCCGAGGACGACGACGAGAAGUGUCCCCUGGAGGGGUGCCCCCUGUGCGCCGCCAACAGCGGCAACGGCUUCGAUGAGGCCCACGAAUUCGGCGACAGACCCUAUGGGCCCAACGGAUACCUGCCUCACGUCAACGAGGACGUCGGCAGCGCGAACAACGCAAGCUCGCCACCCACGGUUCCUCUCUGCGUCCUCGGCGACGUGCAGCUGCGCUUCCUCUGCCCCGACGACCUGGAGGAGGUUCGUGCACUUUGUCAAGACUGGUUCCCCAUAGAUUAUCCCUACUCGUGGUACGAGGACAUAACGAGUUCGUCGCGUUUCUACGCGCUGGCAGCGGUCUACGGCGGAGUCAUCAUAGGCCUGAUCGUCGCGGAAAUCAAGCCAUACGCCAAGCUCAACAAGGAGGAUCGGGGCAUCCUGUGCUCUAGUUUCGGUAUAGAUUCUCUAGUCGGUUACAUACUUAGUCUCGGCGUGAGGAGAGCUUACCGCCGAAACGGCAUUGCCUCACUGCUUCUGGAGCAGUUGCUGGCCCAUGUCACUGCCCCGGAACGCUCGUCCGUCAAGGCGGUGUUCCUACAUGUGCUGUCGAGUAACGGGCCGGCGAUUCGUUUCUACCAGAGAUGCCAUUUUCGUCUACACAGUUUUCUUCCUUAUUACUAUUACAUAAGAGGAAAGUGUAAAGAUGGCUUUACCUAUGUACUCUACGUUAAUGGUGGACACGCUCCUAGAGGCCUUUGGGACUGGAUGAGGCACUUAGCUGGAUCUGUUGCCAGUCUAGGUCCUUGUAGGGUGCCACGCUGGAUCUGGCAGCGCUUGUUGUGGGCAGCUACGCUAUUUUUCUACCACAGAUGAUACCCUCUCACGAUGUAAUCAUGUUUCCCUACCAAAGUCUAACCAUUCAUUAUUCUAAUAUGGGCACAUAAGAUCUUCAGUGAGAUUUUGUCUGGACCUUAAUACACAAUGUGUUUUUUCAUUCAUUCUUUUUCAUUGUAAUUUUUUAAUGCAUUUUUGUGAUUAUUACAAUUAAUAUUUAAAAAGAUUCUUAUUCUUAUUAUUUAUGACAUAAAGUAUAGUUUAAUAUAUGAUUACGGAACAGUUAACACCUUGAAAGUAACUUUGUUACUACUGAGAUUUUGUCUGGACCUUAAUACACAAUGUGUUUUUUCAUUCAUUCUUUUUCAUUAUAAUUUUUUAAUGCAUUUUUGUGAUUAUUACAAUUAAUAUUUUAAAAGAUUCUUAUUCUUAUUAUUUAUGACAUAAAGUAUUUUUUAAUAUAUGAUUACGGAACAGUUGACACCUUGAAAGUAACUUUGUUACUACUGUAUAUAAAUACUGAAAUCUGACCUAUAGAAUCACGUUUUAUUUAUUAUUAUAACAUAAUAUGUUACAUUUACAUAGAAGGACUGCGAUAUGAAAUAGAGAUACUCUCGUGUAUUGAAAAAAUUCAUAACAAAAAAGAUUGAUACUUUGUUAAAUAUUAUUAAAUAAAUAGCUUUUUAAUAAAUAUUAUGUUAUAUAUAUACAAGAAAAAUUAUAUAUACAUGAUGUAUAAUAAAGUUAUAUAUAUAAUACUCAUAUAUACAUGAAUACAAUGAUUAAAACAAUUCUUAGAUAUAUGUAUGAACUUAAACCUGAAUACCCCGUUUGUAAUAAACAGAUAUGUUAAAGAAAAUUUUUCAGUUUUUUUUCCGUUAUUAGAUUUUAUUUUGAUUCCUGUGUUAGAUAGUAUCUACCUAAGUAUCGCGUGAAUGAAGUAUCUGUACUUAUUAUAGGUAUACCUAAGUAUACAGUGCAGCCGAGCGCUUGCGACGGCUUAGCUUAUGCAUCUACCUAUAUAUCUUUCAAACAAUAUCAUUCGUAUAUGUCACGAUGACGAAAAUCGUCGAUCUUCGUCCUGAUAAAAAAUUACUAAAUUCCAAGUUUGAAAAGUAUCAGUUUUGCUCUGAUACUGCAACCCCUAAAUGUGAAAAAGAAUUAAAAACUGAAGUUUUACGUUUGGAACUGAAUUCAUCUCAGGAUUCUUGGUUAGAAGCAAGAUUGUUUGCCUUUCAUAAUCAUUUGUUUAAAAAUCCUUAUGAUUCUACCUGUUGUUUUAUUGACAACAAUGGAGGUAUUUGGAAAUUUGCAAAUGAUGGCUCGCUGGAUUUAAUUUACACAAGUAAAAAUAUUGACAGUAAAUCAUCAGAUUGUCUGUACAACCCUUCUCUUGCUUUUGCAUCAAAGAAUAUAAUUAUCAUUUGCAAUGGAGGUGGAAAACUUGAAUUUCUGAUAAAAAAAGAUGAAAGUUUCAACAAUUUUACAUUUGACAUUGAAACUGCAGUUGUUUUAGAUGCAAGGUUUGUAAAAGAAAAUUCAAAAAUUGUUGUUGCUUUGUAUAAAAUAGAUGAGGAGAAAGGAAAGAAAUUUUCGAGACUUAUAUACUUAUCUUACAUUUAUGAUGAAAAUUCAGAAGAUCAAUCACAAGCUUUAAAAUUACUAAGAACCCAAAACUUAAGAGUCAAAGGUGCAGUUGAACACGUUUAUAUUGAAAAGAAUGGAAAUUUCAGCCAUAUUAUUAGUCAAGAUCAUGUUGAAUUUGAUUAUGAUUCUUUAAAUCCUAUAAAAAAUAAAGAUGAGCCAAAUCAAUCUACAAAUGAAUCGCAAAUAAAAAUUCCCCAAUAUUGCUGGUCACAAGAUGAGGAUUCAAUUACAGUCUAUACUAAAAUUUCUGAAAAAUAUAGUAAAGUUACUGCAAAAGUAGAAGCUACACCAACUUCUUUGACAAUUUCUGUAGGUGAUGUUGUACUUUUAAGUGGAGAAACACCCCACAGACUGGAAUCAGAUUUGACUACGUGGAAACGUAAAGAGGAUACUCUAGAAGUUGAACUAAGCAAGUCUGAGAAUGGUUUAAUGUGGAGUGAACUAUUAAAAGGUGAUACUGGAGGGGAAUAUCUACCAAAUGAGGCACUAGCUGCUGAAAUUCAUUCAAGAUUAUCCCAUUUAUGUUCAAGUGAACAAGAGUCAAAUACACAAGGGCAGCCUGCUAUUGGUUUUAAUUCAGAACAGUUAGAAGAAUGUGAUUUAAGUGGUUCAGAAAAUAUUCUUCAGAGAAUUGAUUUAAAUGCUCAUAAUAUCACACAUAUGGCUAUGCUUGGCAGUAGCAAUAGAGUUUUAUUCACAGAAAAACAAUCUUCUGGACAGAUAAUAUGCUUGCGGCAUGAUCAUGAUGGUUGUACUUGGCUCAUGAGAGAAUCUGAUGACGAGGAUUGGGAUUUGGAGCAUAUCUACACUUUCCCUGGAUUCGGAUAUGUUGAAGCUAGUAAAACAAACAAAAAAUUUUGUGUUUCCCCACCUGAUGGCUCAUACAUAGCUAUUGUAGAACAUACAAGACAUGCAUUUUUGUACGAGAAACCAGAAACAAAUGCAACUACAGGAAGGCAAAGAAUUUUGGAUUUCGGUAGCGAAAUGUCUCCCAUUUUAGGAGCGACGACAUUGAAGAAAUACUUAAUAAUAUUGACAAAAGAUGCGUUGUAUCAAUUGCAGGUCUAUUCAUAAUUCAUUUAUUUCUAAGAUGAUGUAAAUAAAUUUUUGACGGAUUUACAUAUUUACAAGUACUAUUCUGACCUAAGUAACGAGAAAACGAAAACGAACUUUAAAAAAAUAGUUUGACUUAAAUUUAAGUUCCUUUCUACAUUAAACGAUUUAGAAAGGUGUUCUAAUGAAAAGCAUAAGCAAAUAUAUCACUAUCUAGAGUAUUUUUGUUUUAUACAAUUGAUGAAAUCGUUCAUACUGAAAGUUUUAUCAGAUGGCCAAUUCCAAAUGAUUCGAGUUGCUAUAGUUUUAGCAAACGUAACUGCGGCUGUUGGCGGAAUCUCCCAGAGGGAUUGUCGGUUUUGU